GAUUGACUGAAAAUGAUAAAAUGUCUUGUUUUCUCAUGUAUAUCUAUAAUUGCUCUUCACCUAAAAAUAUAUUUGUUUUAUCCGAUUACUCGAUUAAUCGAUAGAAUUUUCAGUCGAUUACUCGAUUACUAAAAUAUUCGAUAGAUGCAGCCCUAGUGUAACUUAUUAUGUCUGUAGCGUUAAAUACAAUUAGAAAACGAUAUAUGUUUAAAAAAGGCAUGGCCGAUAUUUUUUUGCCGAUUCCGAUACUUUGAAAAUGACGUGAUCGGACCCGAUCGAUCGGGAUGCUGAUCGUUCGGGACAUCUCCAAGAAAUUAUCCAUUUCUUGUAAGACAAUAUUUAUUACAAAUAUAUUAGAGGGACACUUCAGGUCCAUGUGUAUGCAAGCAACAAGACUUUUGUCAGGUACCGUAUAUAACAUUGUCAUUUCUGUCAAAUUUUUUGUGUGGGUAAAAUUGUUGUUUGCCGUAUGGUCUUAACAUCCCCGAGUUGUCUAUAGAAUGAAAACAAUCGCUGUGGUAUUAUAAAAGAGAGACAGUCUGCAUUUUUGUGUGAAUGCUUGCGUGUGUGUAGGCUUUAGAAGUGGUGUUGCAACCGACAUACUCAUUGCAGUCAUGCAUGCUGUUGUUGUCAUUCUUGAGCACCCCCCACUGGUGCUCCUUCUCCUGAACAUGAUCAUAACACAGCACAGUGCGAAUGUGUACGUGUGUGUGCGCGCGCGUGCACGUCGGUCUACAGCGCCCCCCGCUGGGGAACGCACAGUCAGAGUCAGCAGGUGCAGCUGACGCAGAAAGCCUUCGGAGCAGGCAGGGCCAGUUGGGGCGCCGACAGGGAGGACAACCACAGAAACAUUGGACAAAUGAUUGAGUGGACUGCACAGGACUGCGUACAAAUACCUUUGCUUCACUCAUGUAUGUGAGGGAACGUGCGGACAGGCUGUCUCACAUGAAACUAUGGAAUGCUCUCUGCACCCACCAUUAGUCUCCAAUCUUUGGACUCAACUGCAAAAGCUUAGUUAACAGCUGUGCUCAACCCCUCCAGCUCUUUCCGACCAGGGCACGAAGAAAAGGAGCGGGCCUAUCAAGUUCUCCGCAAGACCGUCGCGGCGCUCCUUCACGUUCUACAAUAUUGAAAGAUUCGGUUCCCUCUCGAGCGAGCGCAAAAGCAUAUCAAAAUGGAUCUGGACGGAUAUCUGUGGAUGGUGAUUUUCGGCUUUAUCAUCGCCUUCAUUUUGGCCUUUUCGGUGGGCGCCAACGACGUGGCCAAUUCCUUCGGCACGGCGGUGGGGUCCGGCGUGGUCACGCUCAAGCAGGCCUGCAUCCUGGCUUCCAUUUUUGAGACCUUGGGCUCCAUGCUGCUAGGGGCCAAAGUGGGCGAGACCAUCCGGAAAGGGAUUAUAGACGUCAACCUCUAUAAUGACACGGUGCCCGUGCUCAUGGCGGGCGAGGUCAGCGCCAUGAUUGGUUCGGCCGUGUGGCAGCUCAUCGCCUCUUUCCUCAAACUGCCCAUCUCCGGAACCCACUGCAUUGUGGGCGCCACCAUCGGCUUCUCCAUGGUCGCCAUAGGCACCAAGGGUGUCCAGUGGAUGCAGCUGGUUAAGAUCGUGUCGUCGUGGUUCAUCUCCCCUUUGCUGUCUGGACUUAUGUCUGGAGUCCUGUUCCUUCUCAUCAGGAAUACCAUUCUCAACAAGGAAGAUCCCGUCCCCAACGGCCUGCGAGCGCUGCCCCUCUUCUACGCCACCACUAUCGGAAUCAACACUUUCUCCAUCAUGUACACCGGAGCGCCAUUGCUGGGGAUAGAAAUGCUGCCGGUGUGGGCCAUCUUUCUUAUUACAUUAGCCGGAUCGCUGGUGUGCGCCGCUCUCGUCUGGAUAUUCGUGUGUCCCUGGAUGAAGAGGAAAAUAGCAAGUCGUCUGAAGAAGGAGCAGGCUUUAUCCAGAAUCUCUGACGAGAGCCUGGACAAGAUCCCUGAGGAGGAAGAGGAGGGUCCCGUCUUUAAAGAGCUGCCUGGGGCCAAGGGCACAGAUGAGGCUGUGGUGCCGCUGACAGGGGGCAGCAGCGAGCGGAAUGCGCGAACUUCUAACAGCGAACUCACAAACCUAACCAACGGAGGCACCGUCAUGCCAAACGGACGCGUUUACGGUCGCACCCACUCAAUGACCAACGGCUGCCUGAAGUCUCCGGUCUCUAACGGCAGCUUUAACUUCGACGGUCACAUGCGUAGCGACGGCCAGGUGUACCACACGGUCCACAAGGACUCGGGCCUGUAUAAAGACCUGCUGCAUAAAAUCCACCUGGGCCGGAUGGACGACAACGAGCGUCCGUCCGGCGGAACCGGCCAGCCCGACAACAACUACCGCCUUCUGCGUCGCAACAACAGCUACACCUGCUACACGGCGGCCAUCUGCGGGAUGCCCGUGCAGCCGCUCAUGCGCACGGAAUCGCGAGACGACAGCGAGAAGCUGGUCGGGGAGGGCGGCGGCGGCGGCCGCAGCAACAGCGUGUCCUACUCCAAGAAGCGCGUGCGCUACGACAGCUACUCGUCGUACUGCAACGCCGUGGCCGAGGCGGAGAUAGAGGCGGAGGAGGGCGGGGUGGAGAUGAAGCUGGCCACCGAGCUGGAAGGGGUGGAGGAAGAAGGGGGAUCCGCGCCGAUGCCUCUGGACGACCUGGCCGAGGAGGAACACGAAGAGAAGGACAAGUCCGAGGUCUUUCUGCUCUUCCACUUCCUGCAGAUUCUCACCGCCUGUUUCGGCUCCUUCGCCCACGGAGGCAACGACGUCAGUAACGCCAUCGGACCAUUGGUCGCGCUAUGGAUGAUAUACGACCAGGGCGGUGUCAUGCAGGAUGCCCCGACUCCCAUCUGGCUGCUUUUUUACGGCGGUUUGGGCAUCUGCGCCGGCCUGUGGGUGUGGGGUCGCCGAGUCAUCCAGACCAUGGGGAAAGACUUGACUCCCAUCACGCCAUCAAGUGGAUUCACUAUUGAACUGGCGUCCGCACUCACAGUCGUGUUGGCUUCCAAUAUCGGAAUCCCUGUCAGUACCACACACUGCAAGGUGGGCUCGGUGGUAGCCGUGGGCUGGAUCCGCUCCAGGAAGGCGGUGGACUGGCGCCUCUUCCGGAACAUCUUCCUGGCGUGGUUCGUCACCGUACCCGUGGCCGGCCUGUUCAGCGCCGCCGUCAUGGCCGUUUUCGUCUUCGGCAUCUUGCCCUACGUGUGAGCGCGUUAGCAAAGGAAAGCCAGAGAGUUGUUUGCUUGGUGGAGGUAAAAGAAGGAAACCAUGGGUCAAAACGCUGCGAGAAGGGUUGGUUCACAUCAUUCAAUCUAAUGUACAAAGGAUACAACAUGUGGCUAAAGCAGU